AAAAAAAGACGACGUCAACUUCCCAAGGCUUUUCAGCGUCAAGAAAGAGGAAUUUGAAGGGGUAAGUUUAGAGUUGUACAACGUAUUACAAGUUGUGAAAAAGUGCAGUAUCUUGGCGGUAGAUGUUUUAGUCUUGACGUAGUUAAAUCAUGAUUACAAGCUCAUUGCAUUCAAGUUUGAAAAUUGGAGGACAUUCAUGUGCAGUUUUUACCUUCAAAGCUCAUAUUUACGAUUAUUCCGAGAGCACGUUAAGACAGCAUUAGCAGCACAGAUAAAUUACAUCUUUAUUGUGUCUGUUACCCUUUUCUGCUAAAUAUUUCUGCAAUACAAAUAGGAUUUACGCUGCAGAUUACGGACACUGAAGACCAUAAGCAAGCAUUGUUACUAACGUUACGUAAAAUAUGCAGGCCUAUGUAUUAUAACUGCACUGAUAUUUAAGCGAUCAAUAACUAUUAAUAGAUUUAGUACAGUGUUCCAUAAGAAUGAGUCUUCGUUACAAUAGUCUUUACAUGAGUCUUCUCCUAACUGAUAAUGCUUGACUUUAACAAAGCUGGUCAUUGUUUCAAAACCUGCUGUUAUAUUUUUAAAAUGUUAUCUAUUUUUACGUGUAACGUUAAUACAAAUAAUGUAAUGCAAUUGAAACAUUUGGUUUAAUUACCAAAUUCAUUUUUCAAUUUAAUAAUCAUAACAGUGGAUAUAUGAGGCUAACUGCAGUGUCCACUACCAUGCAUUACAUAUCAACAGGUGUAGAAUUAAUUUUGUCAUUGUAGGAAACACAAACAAACAAAAACCUUAUGUGUAAACUUUGUGUUACAGAAAGUUCAAGUCUGGGUGGCCAGAAGUUACAUUUCAGUGACCUGGUUACCGCCUCUCUCUGCAAACCCAAAGGAUCACUUUCCUUAGUGGAUCUACCCCAAUCAUCAUUAACGGGACCCCAGUGGAGAGAGUGAGCAGCUUCAAUACCUUCAAAUGCCCUGCAAAGAGUAGCUGAACGCAUCUCCAGAACAUCUCUCCCCUCUCUGCAAGACAUCCACACCAGAAGAUGUAAAUCUAGGACUGUUAAGAUCCUUAAAGACCCCACGCACCCUGGAAAUCCACUGUUUCAUCUGCUACAGUCAGACAGACGCUUCUGCAGUCUGAUGGCAAAAACAGAUAGGCUCAGGAGGAGUUUCUUCCCUCAUGUUAUCAGACGACUAAACAUGGACAUUAAACACACUGAACUUUAUAGACUGGUUGUUUAGGGCUACCCAAUAACUCUCUGCACACUGCUUUUUUGACAACCUAACUAUGCAACUCAUCCUCACUGCACAUUGUCUACAUCUCUGCACAUCAUCUGUGUAGCAGUUUCUAUGUAGCAUCUCUACAAAUCAUCUGUGUAGUAGUUUAAUACAGUAUAUGGUGUAUAUUUUAUACAGUAUAUUUUUUCCUGUUGUUUCAUUAUUUUAUUUUUUUUGCACAGUCUAAAAAGAGUAUGCCAGACCUACAUUUCACUGCUUUUUGCAUGUCAUAUAACAAAUAAAACUUGAAUUUUUAAUGGUGUGGAGUGUUACCUGUGAUUGAGUUGGUGAUAAAAAGGAGAUGGGGAAAAGAGUGUCUUAAAUUGGACUUUGGUACCAAUAAUAUUUUCCUCUUAAGUCUUGGAAUGUUUAUUUUUAUUAUUAUUAAUUCUUGUAUUACUAUUUAGAUUUUUUUUUCUUUUUUUUUUUUAAUUAAAUGUUUAUUUGUACAUUUACUGCUUUUUAUAAUGUUGUUUCACCUAGAGCCAAGGGGGUUGUAACAAUCUAAACAAUAUAAUUUCUCCCUCAGAUUUCAAACUUGCAUUAAAGAAAAACAUUAACAUACAGUAAACAUUUUAUUGCUCUAAAUUACUCAUUCAUUUUCUUGAUACUGAUAUAAUUAUAAAAUUUAUAUAAUUUAAUAUACUUGAAUGUUUGCAGCUGUCACAAAAUUAUAUAACCUCUUGUUAAUAAAAUGUAAACUACAAUGAAAAACAAUAAAUCUGUUUUUCAUUAGUAUCGCUACUUUAUGCCCUCCUCAUUCGCGGGCACCCCGGCAAUGACGCAAUGUGAAAUUUCCGCUUAAACCCCGCCCAUUUGUAAAGUCCCGCCCACUAGCGGCAAAAGUUCCUCCCACUUGGAGCUCUCCGUGAAGUCCAGCCCACUUGCGGCAAAAGCUCCUCCCACUUGGAGGUCUCCGGGCUGCAGCGAUACCUACUUGUGGAGGCUUGGCCCAAAAUGUAGCUUCGCUAAAAAAAUAAAAAACUUGACUUCGACAUUAAAGAAUCGGAAUAACAGAUCGCUUUUUCAUAUAACAAUCUGUGUAAAAAUGAAUAGUCACUUCAUUUUGUCCGUGUUGUGGUGCGGUCUGUCUGAUGUUGCUGCAGAUGUAGUGCCAGUGAAGGAGGGAGAUUCAGUCUCUCUAAACACUGGUGUUGAAAUUAACCAACAAGAUAUUAGAUGGUAUUUCAGUGACACUCGCAUCGCUGAAAUCAAUGGAGCUCAGAGUAAGAUCUGUACAGAUGUUCAGUGUCCUGAGAGCUUCAAAAACAGACUGAAGCUGGAUCAUCAGACUGGAUCUCUGACCAUCAGGAACAUCAGAACAACAGACUCUGGAGAAUAUCAACUUGUCAUCAAUGAAAAAAACAGUAAAAGUGAAAAGAUCUUCAGGGUUACCGUUCAAGGUUUUUACAGUAAAGAUGGAGUGUCAGUGUUUUUGAGUGUGUGUGGUGUUGCUGCAGAUGGAGUGUCAGUGAAGGAGGGAGAAUCAGUCUCUCUACACACUGGUGUUAAAACAAACCAACAAGACAGCAUUAAAUGGUAUUUCAAUGACACUCUCAUCGCUGAAAUCACUGGAGAUCUCAGUUUUAUCUGUACAGAUGUUCAGUGUAAUGAAGUUGUUCCUGCCCUUAAACUAGAUGAAAUGAAGGAGGGAGGAAAUGUCACUUUAUAUACUGAUGUAAUAAAAAACCCAAACGAUGUGAUGACGUGGCAUUUUAAUGACAUUCUCAUCGCUGGAGAUCAGAAAUGUCAUCACUGUGUGAUGGAAAUAAUCGCCCGGACUUUAAGAAAAGUUAAUCUGAGCAGUUACCAGUUCAAAGAGCUGCUCAACUGCCUACUGAACACUGUGUGA